AUGGAUAUAGGCGCUGAGAUAGAUCAUAGACGCUUUCCUGCAGCGACAAAGCAGAGUGCAGGCCUUGUUGGUGGUAUACAGACCGAUGUUUCUUCCGUUUAUUUCGCAGACAAGAUAAUAAUCACGAUCUCGCAGGGUGGGCGGUUAUCGCAAUGGAUCCAAGUACCCCUCUCUUCAGCCUCCCCAACCUCGUUGGAUACGGCCCUACCAUCGCAAGGAUCCGACAUGCUACCACUAGGUCAUUUAACACCUAAAACCCUUCUUGGAGGAGGCGGUGAGCAGCGCGAGACCAUGGGCCAUUUAUAUUCCAGUCAGAUUGCGAGUACUAUUCUAACGAAAAAUCCGGAAGAGACGCGAACCGUUCUCGUGGGCUUUGGGUUGGCGAAAGUCGAAAUGGAGAGGGAGACCUUCUUCGACUUGCUGGAGUUAGUACAGAAAGUUAUUUGA